AUGGUCGACGACCGCGGCCUUGAGAGCGACAAGGAAGAGGAGCACCACAUUUCAAUCGCCAGCUUACGCUCAAAGUUUGAGACCCUCGCACACGGCCACAUCCACUCACGCAAUGCGCCAGUCAUUGCCCCAAAGCCAGCACGACUGCCUGCACCGCAGCAGCCCGCUGCGGCCAGCCCCGCUGUCUCUGCCGCGCCGCCGGUCGCAGUGACAGCCAAGCCAGAUGUCGCGCAGGUGCCCAAACCAGAUGUCGCUGGGCCGCCUGUCACGCGUACACCACCACCAGUCGCCCCCAAAGUACCUCCUCCACCAAAGCCUGCUCCUCGGACAGUCGCUUCGACAACAGCGUCCACCAACCCUCCUGCCCCUCGACCUGUCGUGAACAGUCCACCUGCGCCUGAGCGUGUUCUUACCGCGCCAUCUGUAAAUCUCGACACGGCCACGGCGGAUGCAGAUGGAGACGGAGACGAACACGUACAGUCCGUCAAGGCGCUGCGAGAGCGUUUUGGCCAAGUGACCUCGGCGCCCGCUCCAAUUGCUCCAUCUGGAUCUCGUCGCGCGAGUCUCGAGGCUCUUCGCAAGGGCGACAGUAUUGCCAGCUCACCUGCUGUAAGCCAGACGUCUCCCGUCAUAUCACAGGUGUCGCCAGCAGGUAGCCAGGCUUCCUCCUCGGCAAAGCCCCUCAUCGCACCCAAGCCAGCUCUCAUAGCACCCAAGCCCGCAUACGCCACUGUCCGGCCAUCGAGUCCUGCACUCAGAGGACCAGCACCCCCGCCUCCCAUCUCGCGCUCGGCGUCACCUUUUGGUCAAACAUUGUCGGCCUCGCCAGCUGCCGAUUCGCAGCCGCCGUCGCGCUCGGCCUCCCCUUUGGGCCAUCGACCGGCACCACAGCCUCCAGCGACCAAGCCAACCCCGCCAGCCCUGCCGCUCAGUAGGCCGCCCGUUGCCGAUCCCAUCAUGUCCGAGCCAGGUUCUCUGGUGUCUGAGCCCGUUCCCAUCGACUCGGGCGCUGCACCGCCACCCAUUCCCGGAAAUAGACCUACAGCAGAGUCAAUCCAGGCCGUACCGAUCCCUAUUCCCAGAGGCUCAUCGCCAGCACCUCCUCCCUCAAGGCGACCUGUUGUCGCGCGUGUCCUGUCCGCCUCACCACCGUCGCUGGAAACGGCACUUACCUCACCCCCUCUGCCGCCGCCCGAGCGCCGGCCGACGUUGCAAAUGUCCCCUUCGCCUCCUGCCGCGGGUGCUGUUCCUCCACCAUUACCACCUCCUAACCGCCGGCCAACGAACGCUUCAACCAUCUCCACCAGCUCGGCGGCGUCUGUAGAGACAGUGGCACCGUCUCUGCCUGUCACGAGACGUCCAACCGAAGCUCAGGCCGUUCCAUCCCUUCCUCAGCGUCACGCAACGCCCCCAGAGGCUGGACAUGUUCCCCCACCUCUGCCCACGACCAAGCGGCCCGAUGCUGGCACAACCAUUGUCCCCCCUCUACCUGUACGACGUCCUUCUUUCCAUGACGGCGCAACACCAGCCCCAGACAGCAAGCCGCCCCUGCCUGGCAACAAGCCUCCAGCUCCCACAAUGAUGGCCGCCGCGGCCGCCGUUAUUGCCGUUACCAAACCACCUCUUCCCAAUCGGUCUCGCGCGACCACGGUAGGCAAGCCAGAGGUCCCGCCAGCAGCUGCUGCCACCGCCCCUCCACGCCUUCCUGUUCGCCAAGCAACAGCUUUGGCUGCCCCUGCAGUGCCUAUCGCGAACCGCUCGCGAGCGCUGUCUGUCGGCGCGCAUGAUGAUGGCUACCUGCCACCUCCUCCACCCAUGCGGAACGUUACUGCCGGACCGGGCACGUCGCCAUCCAAGCGGCCUGCGGUUUCUCCGGCCCCAUUGCGUCGUGCCGCGACAGUUCGCGUCCAAGGUUCCGGUGGAACACCUGGUGAUUCGGACGACGACGAGGGCGGUCCCGUUGCGCCUCUUACUAGUAUUGCUCAGCGCCUUCUCGACGAGCACCCGGACUCGACCAAGGCCAACAGACGUCCCCCGACCUUCCUCCCAGACAUCAAAGUGACCCUCCCCCUGUCUAUCACCUCGUUUGCUGUAUACGGUCGGUUCGCGUGUGUCGCCCACCACAACGUGCGCGUCUUUGACACGGAAUCCGACUGCAAUCAGCCUAUUCUCACGUUUGACCAAAAAGAUGUCGGGCUCGAUCUACGAGUCAAGGAACCGCGCGUUACGGCCAUGGGCUUCCGCCCAUCCAAGUUUGAAGACCAAAAGGGCCGCUACCUCUGGUGCGGUAACAAGGAUGGCCACGUUUGGGAAAUCGACAUCAAGACAGGCGACGUAACGGCCACAAAACCCAGUGUGCAUGGUGCUGCAGUUACACACAUUAUGCGCCAUCAGCAGUGGGUUCUUACUCUUGAUGAGGUGGGCAAGCUGCACGUCUGGGAGCCCGCCAAGGAGGACAGCACGAGUUUCCGCGUUGUCCGCACACUAAGGAUCUCGGACAAGGUUACCUUUGCCAAAAUGAUAAAGGGAAGGCUGUGGACCGCAACUGCGCCUGCUGUGCGUUCAACAACCAGUACCAACGGUGCCCGUGGCCCCACCGUCCGUGUCUACGACCCGUGUUCUGAAAACGGCGCCGCACCGCUCAGUGCCCUCACGACCGAGUGGACUGGCUCCGUCACGUCCGCCACCGUCAUGCCCUUUGCGCCAGACUACUUCUACCUUGGUCACGAAGGAGGCUUCAUUUCAAUUUGGAAGGUCCCCGACAACGAGCUCGUGUGUCAGCAAGUCCUCAAGAUUUCCACGACGGACAUUCUGUCUCUUGAAGGCGUGGGCGAGCGUCUUUGGGCGGGAAACCGUCGUGGCCAGAUCCAUGUGUGGGAUGUAAAGAACCGCCCGUGGUUGACCACCAACUUUUGGACUGCCCAUAUUGACCAACCGGUCCACACUCUUGUGGUUGACCCGGCCUCGAUCGACGGGUCGGGCCGAUUCAUGCUGUGGUCCUGCUCGCGCGACGCGCUGCAUGCCUGGGACGGCCUGCUGGGCGUGGACUGGAUCGAAUCGCAGAUGGCUCUCCGACGAGAGCAGUACUGCGAUAUGCGCGACAUCAAAGUGCUCGUGUGUACUUGGAACAUUGACAGUACCAAACCGACAGACCUUACGGGAUCGAUUGAGAAUGCCACAUUCCUCGAGCAGGUCCUCUCCAGCGUCGAUUCGCCGGACAUCGUCGUGUUUGGGUUCCAAGAGGUCAUCCCUCUCACGGACAAGAAGCUCACAGCUAGUAGCAAGGGCAAGGACGGCGGCGGUGCGACCAACGAGGCCGUGUCAGGACGGUACCGCGCAUGGGCCGAAAAGCUCAGCUACGCUGUCCGCUUGCACAUGCCUGCUGAAACACCGUACGUCAAGGUCCACUCGGAACAGCUCGUUGGUUUGUUCUCGUGUAUCUUCGUCAAGGCAUCGGAACGCGAGCAGCUGCGUGAUGUGGACAUUACGACCGUCAAGCGCGGUAUUGGAGGCAUCUAUGGUAACAAGGGUGCCAUUGUUGCCCGCCUCGUCGUAGACGACACAUCGCUUUGUUUCAUCAACGUCCACCUCGCGGCAGGCCAGAGUCACAAGAAUGCCCGCAACGCCGACGUCGCCGCCAUCCUCGAGGACAAGGCGAUCUUCCCUCCCGCUGACAGGCUUCCCUACGUCCACGGCGGAGACGGAACAGCAAUCCUCGACCACGAAUUGGUAAUCCUCAAUGGCGACCUAAACUACCGUAUCGACCAACGCCGCGACUUGGUGGCUAGCAGCAUCAAGGUCGGUGACCUGGAUUUCUUGCUCGAGCACGACCAGUUGCGAAAGGAGAUGCGUGCAAACCACGCGUUUAGGUUACGGUCCUUUGCCGAGCCGCCCAUCACGUUUGCGCCAACGUACAAGUAUGAUCCCGGAACCAACGACUAUGAUUCCUCGGAAAAGAGACGUAUCCCCGCAUGGUGUGACCGUGUCCUGUACUUGAAGUCGCCACUCGUCACACCCAUCAACUACCAGCGGUACGAGAUUACGUGUUCCGACCAUAAACCCGUCUCGUCUGCGCUGGGUAUGCGGAUCAAGCGCAUCGACCCGAUCAGACGCAGGGAUGUGGCGAGGGAAGUGGCCAACGACUGGAGUAAGCGCGAAGAGGAGAUGCUUGUGGCUGUACGCCAGGCGUAUGCGGGGCUAUACAGUGUUGGCCAGUGA